GUCAGGUGUAUGUCCAUAUAAAGCGAUGUUUGGCUUUGAACCCCAUCGCUUGACAAGACUGUUGAAGGCUGGUGGUGAUGGUGUUGAAGACUGCGAGGUGGAAGAGGUUGAAGAACAGGAACAGAUGGAAGCUAGCAAUGAAGAUGUGACAGUAUCAAAAGAUGUGUGUGCACGCUUGAAAGAACUUAGGAAUAUCAGGAAAGACAUCUGCAACAAAUCGGAUAAAACUUCAAGAAAGAUGGUUGAGAAAGGCAUGAAGAGGAAACCUUUGGUUGACUAUGAAGUCGGCGAGAUUGUGCUAGUUCGCCACAAGGGUCUGGGAAAGGGCGUGAAAAGAGGUGGGAGAAAAAUAACUUCACCAAAAGCAAAGGAGGGAACUAUUCUCAAAAUCAACAGUAAAACCCAUACAUUUAACAUUAAAAUUGGAAAAGCUGUGUCUUGGCACAAAUUGGAGGACAUAACCUCAUUGACUCAAUCCAAGGAAGACAAGAGGUCUAAGAAAAGAGACAGGAGUCAAAGCCCUCGUCAAAGCCCUCGUCGAAGCCCUCGUCAAAGCCCUCGUCGAAGCCCUCGUCGAAGCCCUCGUCAAACCCCUCAUCAAACCCCUCGUCAAAGUGUAAAGAAGACAUUUACACCUGCCUUUACUUCAGAUGUGUGUUCAAGUGAAGCUGAAUUUAUCGAAAUUCUAGAAAAGCUGAAAAGAUUCAGCAGUUCCCGAGCUACACCAAAUAGUUUGGAAAAACUGGAAGAGAUGGCUGGCAAGAGAGGUUAUGCUGUUAGACAUAACUUAGGAGGUGGUGACUGCAUGUUUCUUGCACUCAGCCAACAGAUUUAUCAUCAGCUGGAUUUAGAGGUCAAUGCCCUUGAAGUCAGGGACAUGGUGGUUGACCAUCUGCAGAAAAACCCCCGAACGAUUGAUGGUACACAUCUGAGGAACUUUGUUCCGGAAAAAAAGGAGUGGAACACAUAUUUGGACGAGAUGCUGCAGAAAGGGACAUGGGGAGACAAUCUCAUGCUGAUGGGAGCGGCAGACGUCCUAGAAGUCACGAUUAAAGUCAUUAGCACAUGGUCAGAUGAGCCCAUAGUCAUCAAACCCAGGGAAAAAAAGGCCAGCCUCAGAACACUAUGUCUAGGUCAUCUGGCAGAGUUCCACUAUGUCAGCUUGGAAAAAAAAGACCAGAAGUGCAGAACUUGCCACCAAACGCUAAGUGUCUGCAGAUGUGCUGUAAGCAUUAAUGCUGACGCUUCUGACAAUGAUGACAGCUGUAGGUCACCCAGUCUAUCAAGUGGAGAUGAAUCAGACAAUGAUGGUUCCCCUCGAGUCACAGCUGAUUUCUUUGAAAACAAGAAACCAGAAGUUUGCUGUUACAUUAAGAGCCUUUUACAGGGAAGGUUCAGUUAAUAUACUCUAUAAAGUACAUGGCCAUGGAAAAUGAUCUGAAGUCCUAAACAUGCACAUCACAUCUAGCCAAAAUAAACCAAUUCAAUGUAUGUAUCCUUUCCUUUUAUAUAACACUGUUGUUGAUAUUCCUGUACAUCAGAUAUGAAUAUGGAAAUUAUUUAUUGAAAGUUAACAGUCACAUAUACACCAAUAUCACACAACAGAGUCAAUAUAAAAUGAAUGUGGCAUUCUUGAGGCACUUUUUUCUUUACAGUGAGGACAAAGAAGGACGUGGUGAGAGACACAACUGGUUUGUUACCAAGUAUCCCUACCAUGAAGUCAAGGCUGGAUUUGGGUCAGAUUUUGUGUCUGCUGAAAUGUAUGGGCACAUACUUCAGUGGCUGGGGCAAUCCUUGACACGCCGUCUAGUGAGGGAUAAACGUCGCCCUUACACUAAGUCAGUGACUCAGAUCUUUACUGUGCCGGAUGUUGAUGCAAAUCUCAGGGAACUUCCAAUGGAGUACACACAGGCUGCAUGGCACUACAUUCUGUAUGUGGCCAUUAAGGAAGUAAUCGUAUUCCUUGCCGAGAAACUGACAGGGAGAACCUACUCUUCAAUCAACCCAGAGUGUCAAAGGACAGAAUUGCAUCCAAAAGAGCUUUAAUUGCAUAAUUAUGAUGCUCUUUUGAAAGGGUUACUGUUUUAAUGAAUGCAGCCAACUCAUUGAUGCCUUGAUGUGGUUUGGUUGUUCGCUGUACCUUUCUUUCAUUCACAUAAGGACCAGUGAAGAUUCCAGGGUAGAAUAAGUCUUCAGCAACCCAUGCUUGCCGUAAAAGGCGACUAUGCUUGUCGUAAAAGGCGACUAACAGGAUCGGGUGGUCAGGCUC